AUGGUCGACAGUGAUCCUGCUGUUAUGCCUCGAAAACCUCCCCUUCCGUAUCAUGUCAAGGCUCGGCUACACCAGACCCCUCGGGUUUGGUAUGAGAACGUCAACGCUUUUCCCAAGCAGGGGCAUACAAUUGAAAGAACUCGAGCGGCAAGUGCACUGUUGGUGACUCACGGAUCUAGUGGUGGUUUGCGCUUGCGGGGCCUUGACGAGCCUGAUUGGACCCUAACCGAAUUGUCGUGUGCGAAAUUCGAAGGAUUCUUGCCAAUGCUAAGUAACCACUUGCCACUUUCUACUUUCCCCUAUAACGAACGUUUAGGAGGGAUGCUAAGGUCGAAAGUUGGACAGCAGAGCCACUUUCGGGCAACGCGAGCCAACAGCUGUCUCGAAUUCAGUAGGUUUAAAGAAGCCCUCUGUUCCCUAGGUUACUCGUUUGCUAAAAAGAAUCCCAGGUUUGUGAAACUAAUCAUAGCAUCGUUCAAGAUAAACAUCGUAGCGAAACGGAGAGUUGGGAGCAUUGCGCCAGAGCCUGAGUCUAUUGAAGAUGAGAUGAACUUCAUACUUGGGCUUAACUUACCACAUGUUCAAGUGGAUAUUCCAUCCUUCAGUGUCGGAUGGUCUAAGGCUGAGGCUCAACGUACCACCUAUUUCGGCGCAUAUUCCAGAGACCCCAAGAGAUUCACCAACAUUUACCCAGUAUCUCCUCGCGUUCAACAUGACCAAUUCGAAUUAUUCGGACACACUCACUUACCGAUAAACAAUAUUUCCAGAUCCCUUAUAUUCCCCUUCUCUAUGCUAACUAUUCCAAGUUUCCCUCGGGCAAGGCUCCCAGUUUUCAACAACCUGAUUUCUCCAGCAAGGGACGUGACGGAUGGUGUGUUCUUACUCGCUUCAGUUUCUGUGUUAGGGUUCGAGUUCAAGUUGUUUGGGUAUGCGGCGAUGUUUCAUGAUGGGAAGUUAUAG